AUGGAUAUCAUGUUCCUUAUCGUCAUAAUUGUGUUGCUGGUGAUCGCAGCAAUACUGUUUGCGGUGUCCAAAAAGUAUGUGGUUGAAAAAUUGAAACAAGAAACCAACACAGACUUCCAGAAACUCCAGAAACGUUACUUGACCGUGUACUGCUUGGCAUGUUUUGCUGAUUGGCUACAAGGGCCCUAUGUCUAUAAGUUGUACAAACAGUACGGUUAUAAUGAAGGAGAGAUCGCUGUACUUUUCAUUACCGGCACCAUAUCCAAUAGUUUAUUUGGUACCAUAACAGGAGCGCUGGCAGACAUUUACGGCCGUAAAAUACUAUGCAUUUCUUACGGUAUAUUAUAUUCAGGGUGUUGUAUGACAAAAAUGUUUGGGAACUUUCAAUUAUUGCUUCUUGGACGCAUGUUAGGAGGUAUAAGCACGUCUAUUCUGUAUUCGGCAUUUGACUCAUGGUAUAUCAAUGAGCAUAUCAAUUAUUACAAGUUGCCAGAAGAGUGGUUGAAUAAUACAUUUGCCAAAGCGACAUUUUUUAACGCUACACUUGCCAUACUUGCUGGAUUGUUGUCUUACUUUUUGGUGAGCGUGUUAGAAUAUGGACCUGUUGCUCCUUUUAUAACGGCCAUUCCAUUUCUCAUAACUUCUAGCAUAUAUGUUAUCUCUGUUAUAAAUGAGCACUAUAUUCGCAACACAAAAUCUGCUUCUGCGUCAGUGAAGAAAGCUGUUAUUCUGUGGAUGACAAAUAAAAAUAUCUUCACCCUUAGUGUUGUUCAGUCUUUGUAUGAAGGUGUUAUGUACUUGUUUAUAUAUAUUUGGACCCCUACAUUUGACGUGUUAAAAGACUCAAAACCACCUUUGGGGCUGGUAUUUUCAAGUUUUAUGUUAGCUCUGAUGAUUGGUUCAAAAAUAUAUUCAAUAUUAUUGGGAAAUAGUUCUUUAGAUUCAAAAAAACAACUGCAACUGGCUACAUUUAUAGCAAGCUUUUCAUUUUUAAUUUGUGCCUUGGCAAUAUCAAACAUAGUUUUUGAUUACAAUGGCCAACAAAAAUACUAUAAAGUAAUGACUUGUUACUUUUUUUUCUUAUUGUUUGAAAUUUCCAUUGGUAUGUACUUGCCAUCUAUGACAUAUUUAAAGAGUCAAGUAAUACCAGAAAAGAUUAGGGUUACCAUAUCAAAUGUAAUUAAAAUACCUUCAAAUCUCUUCAUUUGUUUGGCACUUUUAUGGAUAUAUUUUAAAGAACCAAAUGAGAAAAAUAUAAUAAAAAUUGAAGAGAAUCAGGAACCUGAUGUAGAUUUUAUUUUAACAAUUUUUGUAGUAUGUUUUAUUGCCACAUUUGUUACAUUUAUAUUUUCUAAAAUAUUUUCUAAGUUUCACACUGAAACAUACAAAGACAUAAUUAAACGUCAUGAAAUUGAAAUAUAA